GCGGUGAUAAGAGUUCAGAAUAAAACAUGGCGUAAUUGAUUCGCAACCUGGUUGUCACUACGAACCAACAACCUGCGUCAAUCACUGAAUACCAAGAAUGGAAGGCCCUGUGGAGAAAGCCGAGAAAUUGACCUACAACUGGAAUGAUGUUACUCAAGACUUUGUUGGUGCUGUGUCAGAGCUGCAGCUUGGGGAGCUGCUGCAUGACUCCUCGUUUGGUCUGUUUGAGGCAAUGUCUGCCAUUGAGAUGAUGGAUCCCAAAAUGGAUGCUGGCAUGAUGUGCAACCAGAUCCGAAGGAAAGUGCUCAGUCUUGAACAGGCAGUUGAGUCGAACAGUAUAAAGAUACAGGACCUGACAAUGCCAGAACAGAUCGGAAUUAUGGAUUCAACACUAGCAUGCCUGGUGACAUGGUUGGAGGGCCACUCCCUGGCUCAGACUGUGUUUACGAAUCUCUACCUACAUGAUCCCUACCUCAUUGAGGACAGGUGUCUGAAGGCAUUCAGUAUCUGUAGUCUCAAGAUAGUCGACAAUAUCAGGGAAAAGAUCAACAGAGCUAAUGUGUUUGAAGAGGAGGAUUUCCAGCCAAUGUCAUAUGGUUUCAAAAUGGCUGCUGAGGUAACAGAUGGUCGCACAUCUGGCAUGAUGAAAGAGGUGGAGGAGGAUGUUAACAGACUUAUCAAGAUGACCCGCAGUAAGCCAGGAGAAGAGAGAGACUCCGCCACAGAGCAUGAGCAUGAACUGGCUACAGCUGUGUUCUCCAGGGUCCGCUUCUACAGGCUUCUACACUCCAUGCUAAUGUCAUUCAGCAAAGAAAAGUGUGAGGGUAUCCCCCAGGCUCAGAAAACCUUGGUCCAGCUGCUGGAGCUGGUCCCCCAGGUGAAGGCUACCAUACACUUCGGUAUCCAGCCGGAGGACAGGGAGGCCACCAAGAAUGACUAUCCAACUAUCAUGGGGUUUGAACCCUUGAUCAACCAGAGACUGUUGCCACCCACGUUUCCUCGCUACACAGUGAUCAAGAGUCGGACAGAAGCCAUGGAUUAUGUGGAGAAUCUCCUGCUUCGGCUCCAGACUGUCACGUCUGUGCCAGAGAUGACAUCACUUCAUAUGAUCCUGGAAACGUUCAUCGAGUUCAGCAAGUCUGGCCCCUGUGUUCUGGCAAGGUCAAUACUUCAGCAAACUCUCCUGCCUGCCAACCGGCUAAUCUUUGGGAUUCAUGCUGUCAUAGACUUCAUGAAGGAUACAAUCAGGAACUUCAUUGCACCACCUGCAUUGUCUCAGAAGUGCAGCCUGUACAACAACCCCCAAGCCAAGGAGUACGUGGACGCCCUGCUGACACAUGCCGUGCGGCCUGUCUGUACAUUGUUCCAGAUUACCGGACACAACCGAGCCCGGCAGAGGGACAAGUGGGCACACGUUCUGGAGGAUCUGGCGCUUCUGCAGGAGGAGGCUGACAAGGUUGAUGCAUUUCUGCAUGGCAUCCUGGUGAAGACAGAGCCCAGUCGGAACCACCUGGCAUGUUUCGGGACCUGGGUUCUGUACCACACCCUCCAGGCUAUGAUCUACUACACCCUGGCAGGCUUUGAGUUGGAGCUGUAUGCACCGUAUGAAUACCACUAUGUGUACUGGUACCUGUAUGAGCUGCUGUAUGCAUGGCUGGUGUCAACUCUCCACCGAGCUGACAACUUCCUCCUGGAACACGAGACAUUAAUAGAUCAACAACAGAAAGGCAGGAGUAGUAAAAAGAACAAAAAGAAGAAGCGAUCGAAAACCCUGAGUAAGGAGAUCAUCCUUGCCCAGACUCAGCAGCAGAUGUGCGGGGGCUACUACAAGGCUGUGCUGGGUUUCCGACUAGACGGGAAGAUGAAACAGCCCGACUUUGAGUUUGACAGCGAGGAGGUCCGCUACAGUCACCGAUUCUCUCCCUUUGCUAAUGUGGUCACGCCCCCCAUGGUGCAUUAUGGUCAAUAUAAGGAAAUGUCUGACUUAGAAUACGAACCUGAACCAUCACCAGAAGCUUUGUACACCGCUGCCUGUAAAUGUUUCCACCAGGCUAAGGCGCUGUACGAGAGUAUCACAUCUCCAUCAGAGGAGGUUCAAACACUGACGAAGAUAGCGAAAACAAACUUUGUUGUGAUGAAGUUAUUACUUGGAGGACACAAGAAAUAUUGUAUGGAUUCUCCUGAGUUUGACUUCAGCCUACAUAAAGUAUACCCUAUCAUUAAGCUACCUUAAUGACUACAGUCUACAGAGAAAUGCAAAACCGACCUUCACAACUCCAAAUUAGUCAUCUGGACAAUGGAUGAAUUUCACCUUGUCACAGGGCCAUGCCUUAAACCAAAUCUCAAAGGGACUGACUAAACAUUACAUUUCAUGUUGGAUAAUCAGUGGCGGAUCCAGGUGUGUGUGUGUGUGUGUGUUCGAAAACAACAAACACCACCACCACCCCCCACGCCUUUGGAAAUUUCUUGAUCCGCCUAUGGAUAAUGAUACUUAAGCAAACCACCUGACAAAUUCAUUCAGUUCUUGUGUUGCGCUGAUGUGAAUAGACUGAUCCUUCUUGCUGGCAGAUGGAAUGUGUUCUUAAAGUACUUUAAUCUCAACAGGGUGUAGUGAGCAGUGUCUGACCUCUUGUCGCAGGGACAGUGUAAUGGUGGCCUGUGGCUGCAGUGUCAACACAGGUGCAAUUCGUGCAUUCCGAUUGGAGGAUGGCUGAAAUUGGUAUUUUCGUUCUGUAUUGUGGGGGCUGUCCAACAAUUGGCAGAACACUGAAAACAUCGGAUGUGACAGUGUGUUAAUAAAUAAAAAAGUGUAAAAUCAA